AUGGCUUUCUGUGUAAAUCCGUGUCUCGUUGCCCGGGCCCUGGUCCUCGGUGUGUUGUGUGGCCGUGUCGGGCUGGUGGUGGGGUUUUUCGGCUGGAUGAAGGAGACGCCCACUACUGUGGAACCCCCUCCCGUGGUCUUGUCGGUGAACACGCACGGAGAAACUCCGCCAUUCGAGAUGACCACUGCAGACGACCGCUUCCUCGCCGAAGCCAAACAACUGGAGUUGUCACCUCUCGACAGCUGUCACUACCAGGUGAUUGCCCAGCUGAAAUCCUCCUGCAGUGGCCUAUCAGAAGAAGAGAUUGCCAAACUGGGCGUGGUCUUGUUCAACUGCCAAGCCGAGGUGGAAGGACGAAAGACCUACCCCUGUACCACAGAAAUGACGAUCAAAGAGUGCACAGAGCCAAUGGAUGCAGACACCUGGAAUGCCUACCACAUCGUGAGCAACCGCGCGCGCUCUGUGUGCUACACCACGCGCCAGCAGCACUUCAAGAGGAGGACAGAGGUGACGGUCAACUCGCUCGUCGCCACGGCAGCCAGCCAGCUGGAGGCCAUGCAUGUGCUCAAGGACGGCCAGGCUGAGCUGAAGGAGCUGACAGCCUCGUCUCUGGAGAAGGUUCUGAGCAGUCAGAGUUCUCUUCUUGAGCAGCAGGGGGCGCUGCAACAAGGGCAGGACGAGCUGGAGUCCUCCAUUGACAUCAACCUGGAGCGCCUGGCGCAGGAGAAGGCGCUCAUCGCCAGUGGGCACCAGCUCGUGGCGCAGCUCAUCGAGGGCAUCACACUCCGCAUGGACAACGUGAGCAAGCACCUGAAGGGCCAGGGUGAGGACCUGCAGGAGGGUCACCAAGCCAUCCUGGCUGACCUGGCUGAAGUGAGGAGCCGGGCCCAGGACAUCUACUCCAAGAUAGACUCAAACCUGUCUGGAUUCCUACGUUAUCAGAACCGCACAACUCGCUACUUCGAGCAAUUGAUGGGGAACCUGCAGCGCAUGAACAGCACGUUGGGGACGCUGCUGCACUACAUGGACAGGAUGCAGGGCAGCGUGGAGAGCAGGCUACGGCACAUCCAGGGCUUCAUCAGCUGGGUCGGUGUUAACCUCGCUGCAGUGUCCACCUGUGUCCUGCACACUGUCUAUUUUCUGCUGGCUGCUCUACUCAUGACUUUCCUGCAGACUCCUGGCCUGCCCCGCGCCAUGCUCCUGGUGCUAGUUGUUCUGAACGCGCUGUCUGAGCUCAACCAGCAACCCGCCUUGGACUUCUGCAGCCUCACCAUCCUCCUGGUGCUCACCGCCAUCGGUAACUGGUUCCUGCUGCGGCUGGUGAGCGGUUGUUCUGGUAUGAGCCGUCAAAGAUCCCAGGUUGCCCUGCCUGCCUCCAGCACUGCCCCCUCCUCGGGGCCCCUCUCCUCCACGCCAAACAGGGACCUGGCUGAUAUGAAGAAUGAUCUGCCGGCACUGGAGCAGGACAGCUGUCUCUUCGAUGAGGACAGCCUGGCGGACUUCUCUCGGCAGGGGGCUGAGCCACUGCCCCCUCGGUUGUUGAAGAUGUGCCCCCGAUCUGAGGGGAACCCCAAUCACUCCACCCCGCUGCUGAAGAAGAGAGCCAGCCUGCCUGUGGUGGCGCUAGAGAGAGUCCCCCAGAGACACCUGGGCUCCCUUCUCGAUGGAAUCUCAGAAUCCAGGCCAGGCAGCCCCAACCAGUCCAUGGGCAGCAAUGGUACCUUCAAGUGCAUUAGGGGGAACUACGGGACUGGACUGACUUUGGCUUGUUUUUCUUGUAGGUCUAUGUCCUCCAUGUCUGGCAGACAAUUAUGCAGUGGCAUCACCAAGACGGGGCUGCUCUGCAAAAAGACAGCGGUGAGGGGGUGGGAAUUCUGUCAUGUGCAUGAGGCUGGACAAGCAUUCUACACCAGCUAGAGCCUGCUCCACCAGACAGCACAACUACGACCCUGAAGAAUAAGAUCCACACACGCAACCAACACUCCAGCGCUGCUGUAGGCCAGCGUUGGAAGUUCUCGCUAGUCCUGCACCCAGUUCUGCAUUUCCAAGAGGUUUAGGUAUAUUAAAAGGACCAGCAAUCAGAACCUUCUACUGAAUCUGAACUGCUUGCUCUUCAUAAAACAGCAUGUCUUACCUUUUUGAAUCUGUAGGUUUUAUUGGGAGGUGCUGUUCAUGGAGCUAUAGGGGAGGAAAAAAUAUUAAACGGGUUUGAUUGCAUGAACUCAGGCCUCCAAAUCAUAUCAAUAUUAUACUAAAUUGAAGGUGUUUCUGAAACCCAGGACUGCAUAGCAGGACUAGUGAGGUUCUAACCCUGUUAUAGGCAGAACUGACGCCAUGCUUUUAAGCUGGAAGAGAAGACCUACAAUUAGUGUGUGUAACACUUGAAAUGUGAUGUGUGUUUUGUAGUCUAUGUAAAAGGGAGGGCACAUCAAUGGGCUACAAUGUAACAGUCUGACUGGCCAUAUACUGAACAGUUUUAAUUCCCAGCUGUGCUCUGGGAGAGACUGCCACUGGUUGUGUUUGUAUCCA